GACAGGUCAAAAUACAUCUCAGAAUUGAUGUAUCAUGCAUGUUGCAUUACAGAAAAGUGAUCUCGAUUUUUCCCUACGACUAGUAAUGAAAAAGUUGCAAUAUAAGCUAUUUAUAGUAACAACAAAGGGAAGUAAUUCUAAAGAAGGGACCUGCGCAUAACACUCUGUCUCAUGAUGGUGUACAAUUGUGCCAAGUUACAUCAAAAUCCCUCUAUGCAUGAAGAAGAAAUGCUUCGGACAAAGUUAUUCUUGUAUCUGAACUUUAGCCUCUAAGUGUGACCUUGACCUUAGACCUAGGGACCUGGUUCUUGCGCAUGACACUCCGUCUCGUGGUGGUUAACAUUUGUGCCAAGUAAUAUCAAAAUCCCUCCAUGCAUGAAGAAAAAAUGCUCCGAACAGUUUUCAUUCUAUUCUCGUAUCCUUUGGCCUCUAAGUGUGACCUUGACCGUAGACCUAGGGACCAGGAGAGCGUUUCAUCAAAGUUCCUAGGACAAAAUUUGAUCUUAAGUCCUAAAUUUGGCCCAAAAUGCGUUUCAUCAAAAUUCCUAAAGUUUUUCCUAAGUGCAAAAACGGUCCUAACUUAGGAGUGCUCCUGGGUUAUCCUAAGUGCAAAUUAUAUCCUAAGUCCUGAUGCAUUGUGGGAUGCUGAGUACAUCAACACGUCAAUGGCAGCGUUAAUUGCAUUGCUAGACGAUAGAAAUCGCCGAGCACUCCGUCGGGAGCGCGUAUUUAGAGACCACAGCGAGGUGCUAGACACGUUCAGCGACCAAGAUUUAAUUGCGCGAUACAGAUUUGAUAGGAACUGUAUUUUUGAAAUUAUUGACAAAGUCAGAGGGGAUGUUACGUUACCUACAAACAGAGGCGGUCACGUUAUACCUCCACGUAUUCAGGUGCUGGUUACCCUGAGAUAUCUCGCAAAAGGAGAUUUUCUGUCUGAAGUUGCUGACAUUCAUGGCAUUUCGAGAAGUUCAGCAAGCCGCAUCAUCCCAAGGGUGUGCAGAUCUAUUAUUAAAAACUUUCCAGUAAGGUAAACACCAUUUUCAAGUUCUAAUUAUUAUUUUUUUUAUUCCGAGUUAAUACUUGAAUUUU